GUAAUUUUUUUUUUUGGAAAAUAGAACUGGCUCCACUGGUUCGAACUACGGAAGAAAUUCACUCCGUUUUCAUCAUGCUCCGGUACCGGUAUAUAUAUGUUCACAGAGGAGAAUUCGUCGAAGAGUUUUUGGCCUCUUCGUUUCAGCCUCCCUUGUAAUUUUCCCUCCACCAAAACCCAAAAACAUUCAAGCCAGAUUGAAUCACAGGCUUCUAUUCCACAACCUCAACUUGUAGAUUGAAAAGGGGCCGUUUUUAUUGCUGUCAUUUGGAGAUGAAGAGAGGAUACGAGGAGUCUUCAUCGUCGGCCUCUCUCGGACCGCCUCAAUCCAAAUUCAGACACCAUCCAGAUGGCGAUUCACAGUUUUUGGAGGAUGAGAGUACAAAGAUAUUUGCCAGGAAAGUGGCUGACCAUUAUAGUGCAUGGACGAAUCAAACUCGAGAACAGCGAGAAGCUAGUCCUAUUGUUCAUUUGAAGAAACUUAACAACUGGGUACUGCAUACUAUCUUGUGGUACACAUUUUUCUCUUUGAAACCAAUGGUAGAUUGAUUUAUUAUCUAUUCA